GGAGAGAGGGCGCUCCGUCUGGGAGGCGCUCUGCGCUUAUUUCGGUCCUCUCCGCCGGCGGCCGGUCCUUCUCCGUUCGCUGCUCUGCACUGCUGGUGAGCUGCUGCAAGGUGACUUCGCUGGAACAUGGCAGGGUAUCUCAAGGUCUUCACUUCCCUCUGCAAGGCUUCGUCCGCUUUGUCUAAGACCCCUUCGGUCCUCGGUCCGGCCGCAGCCUCCUGCCACCAUCUGCAGAAGCGAAACUAUGGUGAUAAGCGGAUCAAGGUGGCCCAGCCAGUGGUGGAGAUGGAUGGAGAUGAGAUGACCCGGAUAAUCUGGGAGUUCAUCAAAGAAAAGCUUAUUCUUUCCAACGUUGAUGUGGAACUGAAGUACUUUGACUUGGGUCUUCCAUACCGUGACCAGACUGAUGACCAGGUUACUAUUGACUCUGCUCUUGCCACCAAGAAGUACAGUGUGGCUGUUAAAUGUGCCACAAUCACCCCUGAUGAAGCCAGGGUUGAAGAGUUCAAGCUGAAGAAGAUGUGGAAGAGUCCCAAUGGCACCAUUAGGAACAUCUUGGGUGGGACAGUGUUUCGUGAGCCAAUCAUUUGCAAGAACAUUCCUCGUCUGGUUCCAGGGUGGACGCAGCCUAUUACCAUUGGCAGACAUGCUUUUGGUGACCAGUACAGAGCGACAGACUUUGUGGUGAACCAGCCAGGCAAGUUUAAGAUUAUUUUUACCCCUACGGAUGGCAGUAAAGCAAAGGAGUGGGAGGUGUAUGACUUUCCUGGUGGUGGCUGCGGAAUGGGCAUGUAUAACACAGAUGAGUCCAUUACUGGCUUUGCACACAGCUGUUUCCAGUAUGCUAUUCAAAAGAAAUGGCCCCUCUAUAUGAGUACCAAGAACACCAUUCUGAAGGCCUACGAUGGGCGAUUUAAAGACAUCUUCCAAGACAUCUUUGAAAAGAAUUACAAGCCAGAAUUUGACAAACUCAAGAUAUGGUAUGAACACCGACUUAUUGAUGACAUGGUCGCCCAGGUGCUGAAGUCUUCUGGUGGCUUUGUGUGGGCCUGCAAAAACUAUGAUGGAGAUGUACAGUCUGAUAUCUUGGCCCAAGGUUUUGGUUCACUUGGGCUCAUGACCUCUGUGCUGGUGUGUCCUGAUGGCAAGACAAUCGAGGCAGAGGCAGCUCACGGCACUGUCACCAGGCACUACCGCGAGCAUCAGAAGGGAAGGCCUACCAGCACCAAUCCCAUUGCCAGCAUAUUUGCUUGGACCAGGGGGCUUGAACAUCGUGGAAGACUGGAUGGCAACCCAGACUUAAUCAAGUUUUCUCAGACACUGGAAAAAGUUUGUGUUGAGACUGUGGAGAGUGGGGUCAUGACCAAGGACCUUGCUGGCUGCAUCCAUGGACUUGCCAAUUGUAAGCUGAACGAACACUACGUCAACACCACAGACUUUCUAGAUGCUAUCAAGAGUAAUCUGGAUAAAGCCCUUGGCAAGUGAAGAAGGGCAGGAAAAAUACUCUUGGGACUGACUUCUUAACCUCAAUUUUAAGUUAAAGUCAUGAAAAUGAUAUGCAUUAUGUCAAAGUGAAACUACUUUUAGCUAUAGAAGUUUUUUAAUUAUUGCCAUUUAGGGUAUACUAUGGCAGUAUUACUGCCAUUCCUUUUAUGAUGUCCUUCCCCAAGAGAAUAUUGUACUGUAAGAUAUCUUGCCAUGCAACAUUACCAGCUGAACACUUGAAAAGUCACAAAUAAAUCUUCCUUACAUCUUCU